AUGCUCCCUCGUCUCAUCUACUCUGCCAGAACCUCAUUCCAAACCUUUAACCAAGGAAUCCGUACUAUGGCCACAUCUUCCAACACCGGACACCCUUCUGGUCCUCGAGUCGCAGUCGUAACAGGCGCCGCCAAAGGCCUCGGACGCGCGAUCGCCCUCCGUCUCGCCCAAGACGGGUUCGAUGUGGCGCUUAACGACAUUGCUGCGUGCGAGGGUGAGUUGAAGAAGGUUGAGGAAGAGCUUGGGGCGUAUGGGAGGAGGAGUGUGAGGUGUGUUGGGGAUGUGAGUUUGGAGCGGGAUGUGAAGCGGUUGGUGGAGGAUGCUGUUGCUGUCUUGGGUGGAGUUGAUGUGGCCGCAGGUCCGUCGUUCCCUUCCUUCAAGAAAGUGCAUGUGGCUGACCGGAUCCGUCCAUCCACUCGCAAAGCUCAAGAACUGGGCAAACACAAUAUCACAGUCAACGCAUAUGCUCCUGGGCCCAUCGACACCGAGAUGCUGGCCGAUAUCGGGCGCAACGUGAGCACCAAAGACGAGUUUUACUCGCGCAAGUCGAAUGUAGCUGCGUUGGGUCGGAUGGCGUCGCCAGAGGAUAUUGCUGGGAUAGUUUCAUACCUCGCUGGACCGGACGGGAAGAAUGUCACUGGACAGACGUCUCUGUUCAUCCAGAUUCUGAGCACUCGCUCUGUCCACUAG